AGAAAAACAGUUGAGUCCAGUUAGUUCAAGUUUAACAAGGGAAUAAAAUGGAUAAGAGGACCAAAGGAUCUGCUAAGGAGUUGAGACUGUUGGUGGUCGGGAGCAGUGGACUCUCUCAUUUGCAACUCACCAAUGCCAUACUGGGAAGGGAAGAGUUUUCCAAGGACUUAAUAGGCAUUUCAAGCAGUAUUAAGAAAGUGGGAGAGUUGGCUGCUAGAUCAGUGGCUGUAGUCAACGGUCCAAACAUCUAUGACAAGAAUAUAUCGCAUGCAAAGAGGAAGAUGGAGCUAAGGAGGUCCAAAUGCUUAUGUAUACCAGGUCCUCAUGCCUUCCUUGUUGCCUAUGACAUGGAGAAAAUCUCCCAAAACGACAUAAAAACCCCCAGACUGUUGAAGAAACGCUUUGGAGGAAAAUGUUUGAACCACUGCAUGAUCCUCCUGACCUGUGAAGGACAUGUGGAUAGAGCUGUCGUGGAAAACAGGGUGAAGAAGUCCGACUGGUAUCUGAGGGAACUGAUCGAGACGUACGGCGGACGCUUUCACGUUUUCAGCAAGAACUGGAGAGAUCGAAGCCAUGACAGAGAGCUCCUGAGAAAGAUCGAGUUGAUGGUGGCUUCGUUAGGAGGGGGCUGCUUCUCCAGCAGAACUUUCCGGAAGGCUGAGCGCAGCGUGAAGAAGGAGGAAAAGAGACUCAGGAAAAAAAGAGCUGAGGAAAUAGAGAGAACAUGGAACAAGAUGGAAAAGAAGUACAUCGCCGAGGAACUAUGUUUCCAGAAAGAUACUUUCAUUGCCAACGUUGGAGCAGAGAUCCGAGCCAAAGCGGAAAUUGACAAUGACUGGCUCAGGACUUCCCUGGCUCGAGGACUGGGGACUGGUGUGGUUGUCGGGGCUGUGGUUGGUGCACUUUUUGGAUCCAUCGAGGGGCCAGGAGGGAUGGUUCUGUAUGGUAUAAUCGGUGGAGCAGUGGGAGGAUCUGCAGGAGGAACCGCUCAGGUGGCAAUAGAGCAUAUGGAGGACAAAGUGGCCCCACCUAUCGGGCUCAACUUCAACUCAAUUUUCAUUAAUCGCUUCUUUGCAGCUCCUCAUACAUGACCAAAUGACCUCCUUUUAUGGAAUAAAGCUUGAGUUAUGGUUCUGCAUCAAAUCGACGCCGUGCACACGCCGUCACCGUGAC